UAGAGAUAGAUAAAUAUGUAAGAGCCGUGCCUUUCGAUUAUUCAGAUUUGGCCACUCAGGGAAUCUAGGGUUUUUUCUUCCGCCGCAUUCCGUUUUCUUCUCCUCCAUCUCCACCCGGCCAGAAUGAUAAUUCCGAAGAAGAACCGCCAUGAGAUCUGCAAGUACCUCUUCCAAGAGGGGGUGCUAUACGCGAAGAAGGAUUACAAUCUGGGGAAGCACCCUGAUAUUGACGUGCCAAAUCUCCAGGUUAUCAAGCUGAUGCAGAGCUUUAAGUCAAGGGAGUUUGUUAGGGAGACCUUCGCGUGGAUGCAUUACUACUGGUACCUCACCAACGACGGCAUCGAAUUCUUGAGAACCUUCCUUAAUCUCCCAUCCGAGAUUGUGCCAGCGACUCUGAAGAAGUCAGCUAAGCCGCCUUCCCGGCCUUUCGGUUCUGGACCUCCGGGUGACCGCCCGAGAGGGCCGCCACGCUUUGAGGGAGAUAGGCCAAGGUUUGGGGAUCGGGAUGGGUAUCGUGGAGGUCCUCGUGGUGGAGAUUUUGGUGGGGAUAAGGGUGGCGCUCCUCCAGAAUUCCAGCCUUCAUUCAGGGGUGGUGCUGGUGGCAGGCCUGCUUUUGGCCGUGGUGGUGGUGGUUAUGGAGCACCUGCAUCAUCUUCUCUGGACUAGGCAAGCUUGUUUUGUGCACAUUCUCUUUUCCAAGUAUUUGAAAGACCUGUUUUAUUGGAAGAGUCAUCUCACAUUUCAUGACAUUUGAAGUUACUAUUUUUAAUACUAUUAUUUAGGUUUUGUCGUUUUAAUUUUGAUUUUAUGGAUUCUGUAGUUGUAAGAGUAUCAUUUCUAUUUUUUGACCUUAAUCCUUUUAUGAGAACCAAUGAAUGGAUGUUGUGAUUUAUGUCU